GUGCGUGUGCGUGAUUCCGCACGUGGGGAGGCACCGCUGCUUUAAUUUCUGAGUAUAAAUAGUUGAUGCGAUGUGACGAUCAUCAUCAGUUCCAUUUUACGAACUAGUGCAAAUAUAUCCGAAAAUGUUCAAAUUUGUGUUGUCAUGUGCCCUUAUCGCGGUGGUGGCCGCCGAUGUGUCCCAUUUGGUGCGCAAAUCAAAUGUUGCACCUGGACAGGAAGCUUCUGCUAAUAUUCUUCGUUCAGAGAGUGAUAUCCAACCCGACGGCAGUUAUAACUGGGCAUACGAAACCGAUAAUGGAAUCCAAGCUCAAGAAGCUGCGCAGAUCCGUCAAUUGGGCCCAGAGGAAGUAGCAAAGAAUGCUCAGGGUUCCUUCUCCUGGACCUCCCCCGAAGGUGAAACCGUUCAGAUCUCGUACGUUGCUGACGAGAACGGUUAUCAACCACAGGGUAAUCUGCCAACUCCACCACCAAUCCCAGCUGCCAUCCAGAAGGCUCUCGACUGGAUUGCUGCCCACCCACAACCUCAAGAACCCAACAAACGCUUCUAAAUUUACUUAAAAACUACCCAAAAACAAAAAAUACAUUAAUAAUGACAUAAUGUCAUUUAAAGAGACAAAAAUAUGAAAAAAUACAAAAAUACACUGCCAUAAAAUGUAAUAUUUCUGUAAAUAAAGAAAAUAGAAUAUGAA